UAAAGUGGGCUGGUCCGUCGCGACUCACCGGCUGCUUGCGCACAGUGAGGGAGUGGGGAGAGAAGUGUGCAACCUGCAGCCGGCGGAAAUCUAACGGCACGACCAGUGUACACGCGGAAGAGACGUCGGCAACCAUGGCCAAGCCGCUGACGGACCAGGACAAGAGGAAGCAGAUCUCGGUGCGCGGGCUGGCCGGCGUGGAGAACGUCGCCGACCUGAAGACGAACUUCAACCGACACCUCCACUUCACCCUGGUGAAGGACCGCAAUGUGGCCACCAAGCGGGACUACUACUUCGCGCUGGCCAACACCGUCCGCGACCACCUGGUGGGCCGCUGGAUCCGGACGCAGCAGCACUACUAUGAGAAGGACCCCAAACGUGUCUACUACCUUUCCCUUGAGUUUUACAUGGGCCGGACUCUGCAGAACACCAUGGUCAAUCUGGCCUUGGAGAAUGCCUGUGAUGAAGCCACAUACCAGCUGGGCCUGGACAUGGAGGAGCUGCAGGACAUUGAGGAGGACGCCGGUCUAGGCAAUGGUGGACUGGGUCGUCUGGCUGCUUGCUUCCUGGACUCCAUGGCCUCUCUGGGUCUGGCCGCUUACGGGUACGGCAUCCGCUACGAGUUCGGCAUCUUCAAUCAGAAAAUAGUCGGCGGCUGGCAGGUAGAAGAAGCCGACGACUGGCUGCGUUACGGUAACCCCUGGGAGAAGGCUCGCCCCGAGUACAUGCGCCCAGUCCACUUCUACGGGAGAGUGGAGCACACAGCCGAAGGCGUGAAGUGGGUCGACACGCAGGUGGUGCUGGCUCUUCCCUAUGACACUCCAGUCCCCGGCUACAGGAACAACAUAGUCAACACCAUGAGACUGUGGUCUGCUAAGGCCCCCUGUGACUUCAACCUCAAAGACUUUAACGUUGGGGGCUACAUCCAAGCUGUGCUGGAUCGAAAUCUAGCAGAGAACAUCUCCAGGGUUCUCUACCCCAACGACAAUUUCUUUGAAGGGAAGGAGUUGCGUCUCAAACAGGAGUACUUUGUUGUCGCUGCAACUCUUCAGGACAUCAUCCGUCGAUUCAAAGCCUCCAAGUUUGGCUCCACAGAGUUUGUGCGGUUGGACCUUUCUACACUGCCAGAAAAGGUGGCCAUCCAGCUGAAUGACACUCACCCUGCUUUAGCCAUCCCUGAGCUGAUGAGGAUCCUGGUAGACGUGGAGAAGCUCACCUGGGAGAAGGCCUGGGACAUUGUAGUUCUUACCUGUGCCUACACCAACCACACCGUCCUGCCUGAAGCUCUGGAGCGCUGGCCCGUCGACCUCUUCCAAAACCUCCUGCCUCGGCACUUGGAGAUCAUCUACGAGAUCAACAGGAGGCACCUGGAGCGCAUCGCUAAGCUUUACCCUGGUGACCUCGACCGUAUGCGCCGGAUGUCACUGAUCGAGGAGGGCGACGGCAAGAAAAUCAACAUGGCUCACUUGUGCAUUGUGGGAUCUCAUGCUGUCAACGGAGUGGCUCGCAUCCACUCUGAAAUCAUCAAAGACACUGUGUUCAAGGAUUUCUAUGAAGUCGACCCUCAGAAGUUUCAGAACAAGACCAACGGCAUCACUCCCAGGCGCUGGCUGGUCAUGUGCAACCCUGGCCUGGCUGAGGUCAUCGCUGAGAGGAUUGGUGACGACUACAUGCGCGACCUGGACCAGCUGAAGCAACUUCUGGACUUUGUGGAUGAUGACACUUUCAUUCGGGAUGUUGCCAAAGUCAAACAAGAGAACAAGAUGAAGUUUGCCGCCCACCUUGAGGAGCACUACAAGGUGAAGAUCAACCCCAACUCCAUGUUCGAUGUCCACGUGAAGAGGAUUCACGAGUACAAAAGGCAGCUGCUCAACUGCCUCCACAUCAUAACACUGUACAACCGCAUCAAGAAGGAGCCUAACAAGUCCUGGACCCCCAGGACAAUCAUGAUUGGAGGAAAGGCGGCUCCAGGUUACCACACUGCCAAGAUGAUCAUCAAGCUGAUCACUUCAAUUGGAGACAUUGUGAACAAUGACACAGUGGUGGGAGAUCGCCUCAAGGUCCUUUUCCUGGAGAACUAUCGGGUCACUCUGGCUGAGAAAGUCGUCCCUGCGGCUGACUUGUCGGAGCAGAUAUCCACGGCAGGCACGGAGGCCUCUGGCACUGGGAACAUGAAGUUCAUGCUGAAUGGGGCCCUCACCAUUGGCACCAUGGACGGGGCCAACGUGGAGAUGGCAGAAGAGGCAGGAGAGGAGAACCUCUUCAUCUUCGGCAUGAGGGUGCCCGAUGUCGAGGCUCUGGACAAGAAGGGCUAUGAUGCCGUGUCGUACUACAAGCGCAUCCCAGAGCUGAAGCAGGCGAUGGACCAGAUAUCGGCCGGCUUCUUCAGCCCCAGCCAGCCCGACCUCUUCAAAGACCUCGUCGACAUGCUGAUGCACCAUGACAGGUUCAAGGUGUUUGCAGACUAUGAAGAAUACAUCAAAUGCCAAGAGAAAGUCAGUGCUCUCUACAAGAACCCUAAAGAGUGGACCAAGAUGGUGAUCCAUAACAUUGCCGGCUCUGGCAAAUUCUCCAGCGAUCGCACCAUUUCCCAGUAUGCCAGGGAGAUCUGGGGCAUGGAGCCCAGUCUGGAGAAGAUCCCAGCUCCUGACGAUCCUCGCUAAAGCCCACAGCAUCCGCCUCCUCCACCUUCACUGUAGCCUGCCCUGCGGUCCAUCCAGGACGGAUGAACCCUGUAGCUUGUUCACUGUGUACUGUGGCAUUAUUUUCUUUACGUCACCGAUCCCCACACACUCACCCUCUAUAACUUCUGUUUCAUCUUGUAGUAAUGUAUUGAUAUGCUCAUUCAAAAUAUGUAUUUUUUUCCCCUCUGUGCACCAGCAAUGCAUCUACUCACUGUUGGGUGAAAACGUUGUAUCUGAACAUGUGAAACCAUUGAAGAUAUACUUCCUUGUUUGGUCAUAGUCCAGUAGUCCCCCCUUUUUCCCCCCCCAAAAAAUUCCUCACCACUGAUGUUUGGUAAUUCAAGGUCAAAACUUAAAUCAGGAAUGGGGUCAAAAGGUUUUAACUGCUAUACUGCAGCAGGGAUUUUAUUUUUAGCCAGACUAGGACUUCCCUACAUUGGUUUUCCCCCAACAGUGAUAUUCUAACCACAGUUCUACCUUUGAGCCCUAAUGGCUUCCAUAACCCAGCAAAAUACCGCUAAUUAACCUCUGAAACAGUUUUGAUUCCAAAACAAACCUGAGUCUUCCGUGAAAGGGAGAAAGGAUACAACUGUGGUUCAUGUGCAUCACAAUAUUCCAUAUUAAAAGACUCCAACUGCUCUGUUAGUGUUAUGGUAUUUGUUGAAUGUAUCUGUUUGUGUGUGAAUAAUCAGUAAUGGUCAGAGGAGCCCAUCAGAUGCCAUUGACCCAUCAGUUUACCUGUGAUCUCCUCAGCAUGUUUGUGUCUGUCUCCUUCUGCUGUACUCUGUUCCUAAAAGUGCCCUGUGUUAGAAUGAAAACGCCUUCUCUGCCUAAAGUCGAAAUGAUUGAAUUAACCUUUGAAAAACUAUAUGCGUGUGUUUUGUAGUGCAGCUGUGUGUUUACCAGAAGAUGAGUCUAUGACACUGUGGAUAGCGGCUUCAUUGAUGUACUGUAACGGCAUUCUGUCCCGCUUCAGCUGCUCUGUGUGACUCUGACACUGUGGUGCUGCAGAAAGCGCUGUCCACUUCACUGAACCUAACAUUGUCACUGUCAGCCAGUGCCCUUCUUUUGUUAGUCAAUAAAUGAUAUGACUACAUAA